CAUAUAUCCAGCCAAACGUAGUCUUAAAAUUGAUAAACCAGUGCGCAAGGGUAGUGAGGCAUCAACCCUUGUUUUCCAGUCUCCACUGUGGUUACUGGUUAGCUACCAAAACGCACUCACCCCCAAUCUCCAUUGCUGCUUAUGCUUCAAAACCAAAAUUGCUGUUAUCGUUCCCAAAUCUCCCAAAGGCCCUAGACGUUCCAAGAAACUCAAUCUCUAAUUAUCCAGGUGCCGAAGGAGAAUUCAAAAUUUUGGACAACAAAUCUUAGAAAUACAAGGGUCCCUGCGCAUUUGCCUGGACAUUGUUAUUAUUACUAUACUCCGUAAUAUAAAGUCUAAGGUUUGGGGUUUCGUCUGGAAUGGCUGCUUGUACUUCAACAUGCUCUAUAACCUCUGAUACUUGGUGCCGAAGGGGGGGACUGACUGUUCUUGGAGGGAGAGAUAGCCCUUUGAAAAGGCUCAAUGAAAAGAAUGGGUCUUUGAGUUUGGAUGCUUGUAGAAAGAGCGGUUUGAAUUGGUCAUUGUUUAAGUGUUCUGCCAAUUUGAAUAGUUCACCCAAUGCCCGCAGUGCGAACCAGUAUCAGAGUAAAGACCCAUUUCUGAACCUGCAUCCUGAGAUUUCAAUGCUUCGAGGUGAAGGGAACAAUAAAAUAGCGACCCCGAGACAGGAAAAUGGGAUUGAAAAUGUCACAGAGAGCUUAAAAGAUUUGUCAAACGCGAGUAAUUACAAUGAGGCUAAGAUCAAGGUUGUGGGAGUUGGUGGUGGCGGGUCAAAUGCAGUCAAUCGGAUGAUAGAAAGCUCCAUGAACGGGGUGGAGUUCUGGAUUGUUAACACCGAUAUACAAGCUAUGAGGAUGUCGCCUGUGUUUUCUGAGCAUCGGUUGCAAAUUGGCCAGGAGCUCACUAGAGGACUUGGAGCUGGUGGGAACCCGGACAUUGGAAUGAAUGCUGCCAAGGAAAGUAAGGAGGCCAUUGAGGAAGCAGUUUACGGUGCUGAUAUGGUCUUUGUUACCGCUGGAAUGGGUGGUGGAACAGGGACUGGUGCAGCUCCUGUAAUAGCAGGAACGGCAAAGUCAAUGGGGAUAUUGACUGUUGGUAUCGUCACAACCCCCUUCUCAUUUGAAGGGAGAAGAAGAGCAGUUCAAGCUCAAGAAGGAAUAGCUUCUUUAAGGGAAAAUGUUGAUACUCUGAUUGUUAUCCCAAAUGACAAGUUGUUAACAGCUGUUUCCCCAUCUACCCCCGUAACAGAAGCAUUUAACCUGGCUGAUGACAUUCUACGUCAAGGUGUUCGUGGCAUCUCUGAUAUAAUAACGAUCCCGGGAUUAGUAAAUGUAGAUUUUGCUGAUGUACGUGCUAUAAUGGAAAAUGCUGGUUCCUCGUUAAUGGGGAUAGGAACUGCAACUGGGAAGACCAGAGCGAGAGAUGCUGCAUUAAAUGCCAUUCAGUCACCAUUGUUAGAUAUUGGUAUUGAGAGGGCUACUGGAAUUGUGUGGAAUAUUACUGGUGGCACUGACUUAACGUUGUUUGAGGUAAAUGCUGCCGCAGAGGUCAUAUACGACCUUGUUGACCCAAGUGCCAACUUAAUUUUUGGAGCAGUGGUUGAUCCCUCAAUAAGUGGUCAGGUAAGCAUAACUCUAAUUGCCACCGGAUUCAAACGGCAAGAAGGUGAUGAUAAGCCGGUUGGGCAGAUUGCCAACUCUAUAUAACUGUUUCAGGAUUUCACUAGCACAUCGAAUGGUGAGUUUAGCUCCCGGGACACGAGAGAGCACAGUGGCCAUCAUACAAUUCUCAAUGAAAUUAUGUGAUCGUUUAAGUGGUGCGUCCCUAGUGUUUCUGGGCUAUUGUUCUAGUCUAGUUCUCCGUAUUAUAAUAAUGAGCUGGACGGAAACCUUUGGGACUGAACGCGUAAGGUUUAUAGCAAUACAGUUUAGUCGCGCUUUUCGUGUGUACAGUGUAUUUAUGGGAGUAAGUAUGUUUGAUUCAUGCUUAUUAGUGCUUACUAGUUUGAACACUUCCAUGGUUAUGCAUCAUUAGGGCUUCUUGGUCAUAU